AUGACAGAGGGAUAUUUACCAGAAAUGCAAAGCACACUGGAGUCAGUCAAUGUGUUGGACGACGUCUCUUCCAGGUCCCCAGAUAAUGCGAAUUCUGAUAAAACGUCUGGAAUGAAGGACUGUUCAAGCAUCAGUUAUGCUGGAGAUGAUGCUUGUGUCUUGGAAAGAGAAUCAAGGUGGUUGCCCUCAGACCAGGAUUCAACAGUUACUGGCGUAAGCAGCAAUGGGGCCCUGGCAGAAAGCCAGGAGCAGCAGUGUGGAGAGUCAGACUGCUGUGCGUCUACCUGCUCUGAAAGAAAGGUAGAAGGCUCCACAAAACCAGAACAUGCAUGUAGUGAAGAAUUUGAACAACAAGAUCCAAAAACUAAUCAGACAGAACAAUCAUUAAUGGAAAUAUUACAGGAGCUAAAGGAGGAGUCUGACUUUGUGAAAAAAUCUAGCGAUAAAAUCUAUUCAGAAAGCCCUUACGACACAGAUUGCACAAAGAAGCUUAUUUCCACAAUACAUCAGACUUCCUCACAGGAGGAUUUGCUAAAAGAAAUAGAGUCUGAACUCUUAUCUACGGAUUUUUCAAAGGAACAGAAAUUCCCAAAUGGUGUGCAGAAGGGUGAACAUGCCCUGGCCAUGUUUGAAAAAUGUGUGCAAGAUAAGUACCUGGAGCAAGAACAAACGAUAAAAAAAUUGUUAAAAGAAAAUAAAAAACAUCAGGAACUGAUUUUGGAUAUUUGCUCAGAAAAGGACAACUUAAAAGAUGAAUUGAAAAAGCGAACAGAAACAGAAAAGCAGCACCUCAACAUUAUUAAGCAGCUGGAAGCAAGAAUGGAAGAGCUUAAUAAAGAAGUGAAAGCGAGUAAAGACAAACUUUUAACUCAAGAUGCAGCAGCCAAAAAUGCUAUUCAGCAGUUGCAUAAAGAGAUGGCCUUUCGAAUGGAACAGGCAAACAAGAAAUGUGAAGAAGCACGCCAUGAGAAGGAAACAAUGGUAAUGAAAUACGUCCGAGGGGAGAAGGAGUCACUGGACCUCCGAAAGGAAAAGGAGAUACUUGAGAGAAGAGUGAGAGAUGCAAACAAAGAAAUUGAAAAGCAUACUAAUAAAAUCAAACAACUUUCUCAGGAAAAAGGAAGAUUGCACCAGCUCUAUGAAACAAAGGAUGGUGAAGCCACUCGACUCAACAGAGAAAUAGAAAAAUUGAAAGAAGAAAUCAAUUCUCAAGUUAUCAAAGUAAAAUGGGCUCAGAACAAAUUGAAAACAGAACUGGAUUCACACAAGGAAACCAAAGAACGCCUCAAAGAUGCAAUGACAAAAUUAACCGAAGCAAAAGAAGAAGCAGACCAGAUAAGGAAAAACUGUCAAGAAAUGAUAAAAACCUAUCAAGAGUCAGAAGAAAUUAAAUCGAAUGAAUUGGAUGCAAAACUCCGAGUAACUAAAGGAGAACUAGAGAGACAAAUUCAGGAGAAGUCUGAUCACCUGGAGGUGCAUCAUGCAAAAAUAAAAGAACUGGAAGACUUGAAGAGAACAUUUAAAGAAGGCAUGGAUGAGCUUCGAACACUCAGAACAAAGGUAAAGUGUCUAGAGGAUGAGCGUUUAAGAACAGAAGAUGAGUUAUCCAAGUAUAAAGAAAUCAUUAAUAGACAGAAAACUGAAAUUCAGAAUUUGCUGGACAGAGUCAAAACUGUAGAUCGUCUGCAGGAUCAACAUCAGAGAGAUGAACAAGAAAUUAGUGCUUUAAAGGAAGAAGUAGAUGGCUUCAAUUCUCUGAUUACUGAUCUCCAGAAGGACAUUGAAGGUAGUCGGAAAAGAGAAUCUGAACUAUUGAUAUUCACUGAAAAAUUAACCAGUAAGAAUGCACAGCUUCAGUCUGAAAACAAUUCCUUACAGAGCCAGCUGGAUAAGCUUUCUUACAGCGAAAGAGAGCUGCAGAAUCAGCUGGAAUGUGUUCAGCACGCUAAAGAUGAUCUGGCCACCAAGUUGCAGAAAGAGGAGGACCAGCGAAAGCUAGAGGUUGAGACACUACAGGCUCAGCUGGCUUCAGAGCAGAAAGAACUAACAGCACUGAAGACCCACGUGGAUGAACUGAAAGAUGAACUGGCUACCCAGAAGCGCAAGCAUGCAGCAAACCUGAAAGAUCUCACGAAACAACUUCAGCUAGCACGGAGGAAAUUGGAUCAGAUGGAAAAUGGUAAUUAUGACAAAGAAGUCAGCAGCAUGGGGAGCCGUUCCAGUUCAUCAGGGUCCCUUAACGCGCGCAGCAGCAACGAGGAUCGGUCACCUGAGAAUACUGGAUCUUCGGUAGCUGUGGAUAGCUUCCCAGAGGUGGACAAGUCUGUCUUGGUUGAAAGAAUACUAAGGCUGCAGAAGGCACAUGCUCGAAAAAACGAAAAGAUGGAGUUCAUGGAGGAUCACAUUAAACAGCUGGUGGAGGAAAUCAGGAAGAAAACCAAAAUUAUUCAGAGUUAUAUUUUGCGGGAAGAAGCAGGAACGCUAUCAUCUGAGGCCUCAGACUUCAACAAAGUACACUUGAGUAGACGGGGCGGGAUUAUGGCAUCUCUGUAUACCUCUCAUCCUGCAGAUAGUGGGCUCACGUUGGAACUCUCCUUAGAGAUAAACAGGAAACUGCAGGCUGUGUUGGAAGAUACAUUACUGAAAAACAUUACAUUGAAAGAAAACCUUCAGACUCUAGGAACAGAAAUAGAACGGCUUAUUAAACACAAGCAUGAACUGGAACAGAGGAUAAAGCAAACGUAACUAAAACUCCUAUGGAAUAACCGACAUGAAGAUGCAAAAAGGCAGGUGCUACAGACCACUGGGGUUUUUUUACAUUUGUCCUGAAAUCUAAUUGCCUG